AUGACAACAUCAGGCAGAGGUAUAAGGGGGCGCCGACGAGGUAGGAGGGGACACCGACGAGAUUGGGGCACCGCUGGAGUCUCAUAUGUCGUGGCAGUCUAUAGGUGGCGGGCGACAGAUGCCCGGCUGCGGGCUGGUGAAGGUAAGCGGAUUAGGACUGAGAUGACGACACUGAGUGAAUCAUGUCGGAGGCACAACAACGGGCUUGUGACGGUAUGUAGAGGAAAACUGAGGUGGCGGAGGUACGGCGGACGGGCGACGGAUGUACAGCGGACGGGCGGUGGAUGCACGGCUGAGGCAUGUCUCAUCUUUAGUGUAAAAUCUUGGCGGGUAACAUUGACGGUCGAGAGGUUUAGCUUCGGAGUGAAGGAAGUGAUUGUGGGAACAAGAUUAGACGAUCGUGCUAAAGAGUUGCUUGAUUGGGAGCUUGUCAAGGUUGUUGAUUCUGGAGAUAGUGUUGUGGCUAUUCAUGUUUGUCGAAAUUCGGGUAAGUAUUCGGUUGCAGAUUCUAUUUCGAACGAAAAAAUAAUGUUGGAUGGUUACUUGAAAGACUAUGAAGGUUGCUCUUAG